UGCAGGGUAACCCUAACCCCAGCAGUGAUUGAAACAGAUAGAGGGGUGGCUCUCCUGCACAAUGCCCAGGCCCCCACUCCUCUCCUCCUCCUCCUUGCACUUCCUCAAGAGCUUUUGUCUUCUGGUCCCCUGGGCUGUGAGGCUCUCUCAUUCCCGGCACACACUGCCCAUUAAAUUCAAAACUGAGGCCUCUGGGGAAAGGGUCUGGCACUUUCCCCCUUAUCUCCCGCUAGCUGUUCCCCAUCCUCACCUGCCUGGUCCGCAGAUAAGCCUAGCUGUGAGAAAAGGGGCAUGCUGGUGCCUGCUUCACAUCUGUCCCAGGGUCCCCACCUCGCACCCCACCCUGGACACCCCACCAGGGCUACUCCCUCUCUGGAUAAGGCCUGGGGCGGUGGAACCAUGCAUCAGUCAGUGCUCGGAAGCUAUAGGAAACGUUCUGAGGACUCCUCCAAGCCGCCCAGAGAUGGGGAACCAGAGUUGGCUUUCAGCUCCCAUAGGAAGCUCUUGCAAUAAGGCAGAAAGGAUUACCCAAAGAACUCAGAAUGUAAAGAAAGAAGAGGCUGGUGAAGAAUGCCCUGCUUGUUCUCACUACUGGACUGGUGCUUGUCAACCAAACCAAUUCAUAUCAUGCCUACUCUUGAAGAAAAGUGUUUUAUAUACUUUUGCCUUUGUUGCUAAUUCUGUGAUCUGAGCCUCAUCUCCCAUGUAGAUGGGGAGCUUGCUAAGGAUGGUGAUCAUGUUUUCUCCUUCUCAGUACUCCACAGUGUGGACGAGCAUAUGGUUAGAUCAACAGCAGAUGGUCAGCAAAGACAUGUUACAUGGAAUUAAAACAGGUGAAUUAACAUUUUAUGGGAACGAUAUUGGCUAGAUGGUGGAACAGACUUAUGAUGUGUGUUUUUCACAACCAACAUUCCAAAUGGACCAACCCUAAGGUUCUCCUGACUAGCACUUGGAAGGGCGGUUGAGUGAGGAAGAAGGAAAUAUCAAACAGGAGAGAUGAUGCCUAUGACAGGUGAGUGGGAACCCAGCUGCGGGUAUGUGGUUCUAAGGUUCCAGAGGAAGAUACCUGUGAGUACUGAAUGGGAACUCAGUAGAUGUUUGGCUCCAAGGUGACAUCUGGGUCCCUCCUAGUGGGCGGCAUGGGCUCUACCUCACAUUAGAGAGAGCCUCCUCUUCCUAGAAUAUCUGCAAAGAUUCCAUGGGAGUAAAGGAUCAUAGGAGCUAAGGUACACACAGACACAGAUACAAAGACACACUGACAAGAGCCACACCUCUUUCCCCUGGGGGUGCUUUACUCUACAUGUUUUCUCUCAAACAGGCGCACUGAGGCUUCUAGAGAGCUGUGCUCCCAAAG